CGAAAUACAUUCAUUAUGUGAACACAAUUUAGAUGAGCCAGUCUUUAUUGACUAAUGUUUGUAGAAUUUAUUUCACAAAUUGUCUGAAAUCAGUUGAAUUCACAGUGAAACAUGAAUACCAAUCUUCAAAUUAACAUGUUUCAGAGCCUAAUAUUGCUAUGGAUGCUAUCAACAAGCCAGGGUUUGGCUCUAGACUGGACAUCGUUCGUGCCCCACGUGUCGCCAGAGUCGGGAGAGCCACCUUGCGCUCACGGUCACAACUAUUGCCUCAAAGUUAAGGAUUAUCCUACUGACACCAUCGUAAAGCUCUUGAAAUCAGCGCCCCGGGAAAUUACUAGUUAUCUCCACAACAGUUUGGAUGCCAAGACUCAUAGCCCAAACAUGGAAUUUCAAGUUAAUCUUCACACAAACACAUCGUCAAUGAAGAAGAAAGACGAGCAGCUUUGCAGGUCCUACAUCAGGAUCAUCAGGCCGCUGGUGGCCCGCGACGACGGGAACCAGUGGCGGUACAUCGUCAACGUGGGGGAACACGAGCAACUCUUGGAGAUCGAGACGUGUGCCAACGAAGCAAGAAAAUGCAGCGAGGAAUACACAAAACAAACUCAGGCUGUAUGCGAGCAGAAGAUGGUGGCGAGGCGGCUGCUCGCUCUUGACCCUUCUGGCAGCAGGCUGACCUGGCACAACGGGAUGAUGCCGUCGUGCUGCCAGUGUACUUUGUACGAUGGACCACGACGAUUGGUGUAAAGAAAAUAAAGACAACUUUACUGUAUUUAUAA